AUGCACGCGGUCCUGUGUGCCCCUACAAGCGCAGACAUCACUAUCGACCAGCCAGGAGACUCCUCCCCCUGCCCCUCGCCCCUGCCCACUGACCCAGCCAUGACUCUGCCCUCAGUGGGCACAUACGGCCGGGGGCCUGCCUCCUACAGGAACCGGCGCUACCACCGUAACUCGUCCCGCUCCCGGACCCAAACCCUGCCCCUGCCCCAGACCCAGACCCACAGCAGGUCCAGCCAGGCCUCCCAAACCUCCCUUCCCCUGGCCUGUGAAGAGGAGGAGAUGGAGAUGGGGGCUCGCUCUAAAGAAUGGAGGACUGGUCGAACCCGCUCUCUGUUCUCCCUACCCAGCCUGGCAGGGUUCACUGGCUCUCGCUCCCGCUCUGCCUGCUCCUCCCCUGGAACCUCACCCAGCCCUGCCCACCACAGAAGCCACUCCCACUCCCUCAGCUCCUCCCUGGUCCCGCCUUUCCGCCUCAACGUGGAUGCUCUGAUUGGUGCGGAGGAGACGGACGUGGACACAGGGAUAAAGGUGGAUGCGGGCAGCAUCGUGGACCUGUCGGUAGUGUCUGCAUACUCUAGGAGCCGCAGACCCACUCCACCACGCCCUCGCUCUGCACCUCCACGUGACCCAGCCCCCUCCCCGUCCCCCGCCAACGUCAAGCCCAAGGCGUCAACGUUAGGCCGGCCCCCUGUUCCAAUGAGAACCAGCAGCCUGGCCUCCUCCAAUAGCAUGCCUUCCACCCUGCGGCGGGCACGCCCCAACAGCGCUUUCCUGCCCCUGAGUGGCCAGCCGUCCCUGAGGGAUGCCACCACCCCCAGCCAAUCGGACAGCUCUGACAGCAUUAAUGGGGUGGUGUCUCAGAACAGCUCUGUCAAGGAGGCUGGGCCAGAGGAGGACGACCAGGAGUUCUAUAUCUGACCAGCUAGUGACGCUAGAGACACACCGGCCAGCAGGAAGGGACAGGGACACUGACUGACAGCACAACUCUGCUCUGCUCUGCCACCUGGGGGGCUGGGGGAGUCAGUGCAGAGGACUACGGCAGUACAGUGGUGGGAGACGGACGCUUCAUUCAACUUGUUCAUUACGUCUCUUUGUGUUUCUGUCUAUUUUCUAACUAGAUGUUUAAGAGGUUUAGAACGUGUGCUAUUUGUUAUUUAACCAAGUUGUGGUAUAAAAUACGUAACGCUUUACUGAGAUGGCUUAAAAACACAUUGCAGACUACUCAAAUAGCUCAUAGUAGAAUAUUUAAAACAGAGAUGUUAUGAAACCAGACCUAUUGGACAUAGUUCUGACUCUAUGCAUCCACUUCCCACUACUCGUGUCACCACUCAGAACAAGGCAGCUAUAUACGAAAGUGGAGUUUCUGGCUCUUAUCUCAAUGAAUCUAUCCUUGCAUCCUCUCUCCUCACCUCCUUCUCAACCGUAUUGGAGAAGAAGGUCCAAGGUCACGCCCCUCUGACCAUCUUCUCCAAUUCGUUUUUGCGAAGGAGGCGAGGAGAGAGGAUGCAAGGAAUCGAGGAAAGACUAAUUGAGAAAGAGCCCCUGACUCUUGACACUUUUGGUGCAGUGGGUCCCUCUGGUGGUGAUUUUGUAAUUGACAACUAAACAUAAAAGAGUAGUCUGUAAUAUAGAAUGUUUUGAUUUUAUAUGAUUUAUUUCUAUGUUCUCCAAACGUUUUAAUAUUGAUUAAAACAUCAGAUUAUG